AUGUCGUCUAUGACCCCGGUCGAGGAAGUCUAUGCUCGCCAACUCUGUCCCCUGGGCAAGGGAUAUCCUCUGUGGUACCCGGAGCCGCGGGAAGAUGGCCAAGCGGGCGAGGUCCACCUUGGCGACGUUGGAUAUCUGCACCGAGGAGCUUUCGUCCGCCUCUUCAACGCCAUGCGAGACGCGGACGAUCCGAUCAACCAACGUCCAGAGGAUAUGCCCAAUGUUCCGGACGGGUUUGAAAAACUCGUUCUGACUCACCCGCUCUUCCGAGUUGGGAAUGCGAUCUCUGGGCCCCUGUAUAGCAGAACGAUGAGGCAGGUCCGCGUCGAGGCGGAAGGAUCCACACACGCUGUAUCCGCGGAUCUUUCAUUCGAAUGUACCGACCAACAAGGUGCAGUUCUCGUUCUGGGCUCACCGGCAGAGCUCCAGGAGGUCCUGCACACGAAAUGCAUGACGACCUACAUGAGGAAGCACAUCGACAACUGGGUCGCCUUCGCCGAAUCCAUGGGCUUGGACCUGCCUGAAGACAGGAUCAUGUUCGUGAAGGGUUGGGUCAAGACGACUCACUGGGCUCUAGCAGCGUUCCGCGAGAAGGGAGAGAACGGGCGUUGCUACGUACACGGUGGCCUCGGCCCUAUGGGAUCUGCGUCUCUCGGUGUGACCAUCUCGCGUUCUACGCAGCAUGUUGCAGAGGCCCGGUGCGGGCCGGCACCAGCUUCAAGCGAAGCUUCAGGAAACGCGUCGGGACGGAGGGAAGGGGUAGACCAAACGAAACCCAAGAAUCAAUGCGUCCUUCUGCAUUAUUUCAAGUGUAGGAGGCGUUGGCGUGCUCCUAAGAUCAUCCAGGCUGCGGGGGAAUCACCUCAAUCAGAAAUGGGGGAUUACCGCGACAUCUUUGAGACUCCGGCAGUGCCAAAACCCUACGACCCUGUCGAUGUCAUUUUAGACUACAUACUGAAGGAUGACAUUGCCAAGGCUCCCGACUCGCAACCACAUAUAUCUCACGCAAUUGCUAGCGACGCCGACUUCUGCAGGUUGAUGACCUAUUAUGAAGACGAACAAGAUAAGUGGGCGACAUUAUUGGGUGGGCUCACGCGUGAUGCCUACACGAAACCGCAAGCGUGGCUGUUGUUUGCUGCCCUCACAGACGCUUCAAUCCCAGUGAUGGUGGAUGAGGACGGCACGGCCAUGCUAGACACUCCCCAGGGAUUCAGGCCAAAAUUUGUGCCUGUAAAUCACCACUUCACGCCGAGUUUGCAAGCAAGGCUUACGCUAUACAUGCCACAAGUAGACCAUGAACAGAACAGGUCCGCCAAGGGAAAGGGAAAAGAGAACAGAAUAUAGCGGUGCCAUAUUGUCGUCAAUAUCUUCCCCUGCAACGAUUCCUGAUGCACCGCGUAUCAUCAAGGAUCUGUAGUGAAGAAAGAACGAUUCGAGCAGAAACAGGCAGGGAGGGCAGAAACGACUCGCUGAUGUAUGAAGAUGAUUUCAUCCCUUGCAAUGCCAGUGCUCUCAAGUUAAGACGCUGUGUGUAUGAUUUAUAGUAUAUACUCAACGCGCUAUUAUCGUGUUUUGAUUGCUAGUAAUACGGUUAUGUCUACAUGCAUCGUAAUCCUUGCGUGGCAAUCGGAAGUACAGUCACAUUGAACACACUGAUGGCGAGGACUCGGAUCGGAAUUUCACUGUGACAGAGUUCAGUAAG